UCCCUCUCUCUCCCUCAGAGGAGACACCGUGCAGACACACAUCCAGGAAGCCCUCGGCGAAACACAGAAGUGCUCUACACUUUUUGUUUUGUUUUUGGUUUCCUCGGCAGGGAGAGACGGCUGGUGGUGAUCCUCCAGCAGCGUCUCUCUCCUCCUCCUCCUCCUCCUCCUCCUCCUCAUCUUCCUCCUCCUCCUCCUCCUCCCCACACCCCUGUUCGACAUGGCGAGGGAGAACGGCGAGUCCAGCGAUGGGUCCUCCUGGAAGAAACACGUCGACGACAUCAAGAAGAUCUUCGACUUCAAGGAAGUCCUUGGGACCGGGGCGUUUUCCGAGGUGGUGAUGGCUCGGGAGAAGGCCACGGGGAAGAUGGUCGCCAUCAAGUGCAUCCCCAAAAAGGCGCUCAAGGGGAAGGAGACCAGCAUCGAGAAUGAGAUCGCCGUUCUGAGGAAGAUUAAACACGAGAACAUCGUGGCUCUGGAAGACAUCUACGAGAGCUCCAACCACCUGUACCUCAUAAUGCAGCUGGUGUCUGGAGGUGAGCUGUUCGACCGCAUUGUGGAAAAGGGCUUCUACACAGAGAUGGACGCCAGCCGGCUCAUCCGCCAGGUUCUGGACGCCGUCAACUACCUGCACUCCAUGGGCAUCGUGCACCGAGACCUGAAGCCAGAGAACCUGCUGUACUUCAGUCCUCACGAUGAGUCAAAGAUCAUGAUCAGCGACUUCGGGCUGUCGAAGAUGGAGGGAACAGGUGGCGUGAUGGCCACCGCCUGCGGGACUCCUGGAUACGUGGCUCCUGAGGUUUUAGCUCAGAAGCCCUACAGCAAAGCAGUGGACUGCUGGUCCAUCGGGGUCAUCGCUUAUAUUUUGCUGUGCGGCUACCCUCCUUUCUACGAUGAGAACGACUCCAAGCUCUUUGAGCAAAUCCUGAAGGCCGACUACGAGUUCGACGCGCCGUACUGGGACGACAUAUCAGACUCUGCCAAAGACUUCAUCAGCUGCCUCAUGGAGAAGGACCCGGAGAAGAGAUUCACUUGCGACCAGGCUCUCCAGCACCCCUGGAUUGCAGGAGACACUGCGCUCUGCAAGAACAUCCAUGAGUCAGUCAGCCGGCAGAUGAGGAAAAACUUUGCCAAAAGCAAAUGGAGGCAAGCCUUCAACGCCACGGCCGUGAUCCGCCACAUGCGGCGCCUGCAGCUGGGCACCAGCUUCGGCAGCAGCCUCCACAGCGCCAACUCGGUGGCCAGCGCUCAGAGCCGGGCCCCGGCCAAGAGCCAGUCGGUGGACUGCGCGCCGCUCUCCCUGAAGGACUGUCCCCCCAUCGCCCCUUUGCCCUCUGCUGUUAAAGUCUUCAGUCAGGCCUCUGAAGCUCCCGCCGCCGCCCGAGAGGAGGCGUCCGUGACGGCCGAGCCCCCCCGGCCGCGGCCCUCCACCGUCACCGUCAUCCACACGGGGACUAAAUGACGCCAGGUUCCGCGGGAGGUGAGCUGGGAGACGACGGAGCUUUGAGACGGGGACUGGAAAAAAAAAAAAAAAAAAAAAAACCCGUCCCAGGCCUCGUGGUUUUAACGUCGUCGCCCAGUUCGCCCAUCCCGCCACCUCCCAUCAGUUUCCGCCAAAUCGGGAGGAAUUUGAGGAGCGCAGGCUCAGCUCCAUUUACCGUGGCUCAGGCCUCCCUUCACGCUGUCACGAGACCUGGAAGCACAGAGGAGAAGGGGGGGGGGGGGGCUUCACCUGAAGUUGGUUUAGAGGAGGCCGUGCAGCCUGGACCGAGGCUGCAGCGGCAGAAAAGGAAAGAAAAAAAAAAAAAAAACCAAGCAGCUGG